GGCGUAGCGACGAAGCAAAAUUCUCUAUUUUCUAUGGACACGUGUCAUCAAGAGAAAUUUCUUACUGUUUUUCUAUGUUCCCAGACGGACCAUAAUCUCAGAAAAGGACACAAUUGUCCUUCCCCUUCUUCUUCCAGUAGGACACCAUCGUAAUUUGCUCUGUUUCCCUUUUGCUCUGCUUGUUUUUAGUUUUUAGUUUUUAACGCCGUCGGCCCCUAGAAUCCUCACACUAAUCCUAACACCAAUUUCCUCUCCCCCACCGAUCAAUCUAAUCACGACCGGGAAUCUAUCCCUCCCAUGCAACAUCACCCUUCUUCCGAACCGGACUCCGAUGCUAACCCUAAUUUUCACUCCCCACUUUUGAACCCCCCCGAUUCGGUUCCUCCAGCCGUGGCUCCGUCGUCUCUUCUCCACCUCUCCUUCAACCAGGAUCAUGGCUGCUUUGCCGCUGGCACUGACCAUGGCUUCCGAAUCUACAAUUGCGAUCCAUUUCGCGAGAUCUUUCGCCGAGACUUCGAUCGCGGUGGCGGUAUCGGGGUUGUUGAGAUGCUUUUUCGGUGUAAUAUUUUGGCUCUUGUUGGUGGUGGACCCGAUCCGCAGUACCCGCCUAAUAAGGUUAUGAUCUGGGACGAUCACCAAAGCCGGUGCAUCAGCGAGCUUUCGUUUCGUUCGGAAGUGAGAUCGGUUCGGCUUCGGAGGGACCGAAUCAUAGUCGUUUUGGAACAGAAAAUUUUCGUUUACAAUUUUGUGGAUUUAAAGCUCCUACACCAGAUUGAGACCAUCGCGAAUCCAAAAGGACUCUGCGCGGUGUCUCAGGGAGCAGGAUCAUUGGUUUUGGUUUGCCCUGGAUUGCAAAAGGGGCAGGUUAGGGUGGAGCAUUACGCCUCGAAGAGGACUAAGUUCAUCAUGGCUCAUGAUUCGAGAAUUGCGUGCUUUGCGCUGUCGCAGGAUGGCCAGUUGCUUGCUACCGCUAGCACUAAAGGGACGCUGGUUCGCAUUUAUAAUACCAUUGAUGGAAGCUUGCUGCAAGAGGUAAGGAGGGGUGCAGAUAGAGCUGAAAUUUACAGUUUGGCAUUCUCUUCAAAUGCCCAAUGGUUAGCAGUUUCAAGUGACAAAGGCACUGUCCAUGUUUUCAGCCUUAAAAUUAAUGCCGGAUCUCCUAGCACUACCCAAUCACGAAGUACAUCGGAGCCUGUUGUAUCUCCCCAUUCAUCUCUUUCUUUUAUCAAAGGUGUGUUACCAAAGUACUUCAGUUCAGAAUGGUCAGUGGCUCAGUUCCGCCUGGUUGAAGGUUCUCAGUACCUUGUUGCUUUCGGUCACCAAAAGAAUACAGUGGUAAUUCUUGGCAUUGAUGGAAGCUUCUAACGAUGCCAAUUUGAUCCGGUGAAUGGCGGGGAAAUGACUCAGCUGGAAUAUCACAACUUUCUCAAGCCAGAGGCAGCUUUCUGAAGAUUUACAUUUAUAUAUACAUAUUUAUAAAUAUAUGUUUCUCUAUCUUAUUCGGUCAAAUAUUUGGCAUCUUCCACGGUCCACUUCCUCCUUUCCCAUCAUUCACUUAAUGCAUUUCCCAAUCUGUAAAUAUAUAUUUAAGCAUAGUUUUGUAAAGUUCGUAAUUGUUCCUAAGAAAAAGUACAUAAAUUUCAGCUGUUCAUAAUUGGAUUCCUUUUAUUUAAGAA